AUGGUGAAGGAUACCAAAUAUUAUGAUGUUCUCGAAGUUAGCCCAACUGCCACGGAACAAGAGUUGAAGAAGGCUUACCGUAAAUUGGCUUUAAAAUACCAUCCAGAUAAGAACCCAAAUGAGGGUGAACGAUUCAAACUGAUUUCACAAGCCUACGAGAUUUUAAGUGAUCCGAAGAAGCGUGAGAUCUAUGAUAAGUAUGGUGAAGAAGGAAUUAAGGAAGGAGGCGGCGGUGGAGGCGGUCACAACCCCAUGGACAUCUUCGACAUGUUCUUUGGUAUGUUUUUGAACUUUUUUGUUGGUUUUUAGGUACAAGCGUGCAUGAUUUUAAAGUUUUUUACCUUUAAAUGUUGUAGUAGUCCUAACAUUGGACUAAAACAAUGUAAUUUUUAGGCGGCGGAGGGCAUCGCGGACAUCGUGAAAACAAAGUUCGUGAUAUGGUUCACCAAAUGUCAGUUUCUUUGGACAAAAUGUACACUGGUUUCACUAAAAACUUGAAGAUCAAGCGCUUCGUUCUCUGUUCAGCUUGUGACGGUGUUGGUGGCGCCAAGGAUGCCGUAAAAGAAUGUUCCGACUGUGAUGGACAUGGUGUAGUUAUCCGAAACAUUCAAAUCGCUCCAGGAUUCGUACAACGAUCUCAAGCAGCCUGUAGCAAGUGCCGUGGUGAAGGUGAGAUUAUUUCCGUGCCAUGUACGACAUGUGGAGGCAAAAAGCGAAUGAAGGUCGAGGAAAUCAUUGAAGUUAAUGUUAACAAGGGAUCAAAGGAUGGACAGAAAAUCGUGUUCUACGGUAAAGGAGAUCAAGAAAAGGGAAAAGAGCCUGGAAAUGUUGUUAUUGUACUAGACGAGCAGAAUCAUCCAGUCUAUACUCGCGAUGGAGAUAAUUUGCUUUUGAGUAUGCAGUUGAACAUCACCGAAUCGUUAUGUGGUACUCAGAGGAAGAUGAAGACUUUGGAUGGACGUCAAAUUAUGUUCACGACAUUACCUGGUAAGUUAUAUUGUUUUAGAUAUAUUAUUUCUUUAAACCUUAUAUGUCUACUUGUUUUUUAUUCUUGCUUUAAAAAUUCAAAUUUUUUUUAAAAGAAAUAUUUAAUUUCCCCAAUUUUUUAGGUGAAGUAAUAAACCACGGUGACACAAGAUCCGUCCACGGUGAAGGUAUGCCUCGUCACAAGCACCCGGGAGAGAACGGAGAUCUUAUUAUCAGCUUUAAGGUCGAAUUCCCCGACCAAAUCUCGGAGAAAAACCUUGCCAAACUGUACGCAUUGUUGCCCGGGAAGCCGGAAAUCAUUAUUCCGGAUGAUGUUGAGGAGAAGGAACUGAUCGAAGUUGGCCAGGAAACGUUCCGUUCCCAAGAAAACGGCCAUGGACAUGGUAGUGGUCCACAAGUACAAUGUGCCACUCAAUAA